AUGAGUAUAUGGUGGAAUUCAAUUGUCUCGCCUCCCAAAUCCAAGGUUGGGGAAAAGGCGCACUCCGACAUCAGUUCUACAAAGGACUCCCUACAAGGAUCAAAGAUGAUCUCCUGCAUUGGAAAACCAGACUCCCUCACGGAGUUACAGACCCUUGCUCAAACUAUUGACACUCAUUAUUGGGAACAACGCAGCAAACAAGCAUUCACUGCUCAGCAGUCAGGACUCAAGUAUCUGUCGGGCACUCCGAAUGGAAAAGUUAGUUUUGGAAUCUUUGGAACAAUGAUUGAGGAUAAACUCCUCGAUUGGGUAGACGGACGCGGCAAAGGCAUAUUUGGAAUUAGGCGGGAAGAUCUUGCUAACAGAGGCGUGCACGCGGAUAGAGCGAGAUGGUUGUAUGAGUACUCCUCCACCCAAUUUGUCCCACCAGUCCCUAUCAUACCCUGA